UAUGGUCAGAAUGUUGUCCUGCGUCUCUCCGCGUAUUGCCCCCACUCUGUGUUAACCUCUCUUUUGUUCUCUCCGUCCCCUUCUUACUCUCUCUCGCUCUCUCUGCAGGCAGAUGAAGUACUGACUGUGAUUAAAACCAAGGCUCAAUGGCCUGCAUGGCAGCCUCUCAAUCUGCGGGCGCCCCCUUCAGCUGAGUUCUCGGUGGACCGCGUGCGCCACCUGAUGUCGUUCCUCACCAUGCUGGGCCCGAGCCCCGACUGGAACGUGGGGCUGACCAAGGAGGACCUCUGCACCCCGGAGUGCGGCUGGGUCCAGAGGAUGGAGGCGGAGCUGCUGCCCUGGGACGCCGGCACCGACAGCGGGGUCACCUACGAGUCUCCCAACAAGCCCACGGUCCCCCAGGACAGGAUCCGGCCCCUGAGCCGACUGGACCACCCCCAGAGCCCCUUCUACGACCCCCUGGGGGGAGCAAUGCCGUCGCUAGCCAGGGUGGUGGUGGAACGGAUCGCUAGGAAGGGAGAGCAGUGUAAUACCGUGCCAGACUUGGUGGAUGACAUCGUAGCCGACAUUGGACAGCAGGAGCAGGAGAAAGAGGACGACGCCCCCGAGACCUGCGUCUACUCGGCCUGGUCGCCCUGGUCGGCCUGCAGCAGCGCCACCUGCGACAAGGGCCGCAGGAUGAGGCAGAGGAUGCUGAAGGCCCAGCUGGACCCCACCGUGGCCUGUCCCCGCACGCAGGACUUCCAGCCCUGCAUGGCGCCCGGCUGCAGCCUGGAGGAGCCGUCCGCCUGUAUGAUGUCGGAGUGGAUCGGCUGGUCGGCCUGCAGCACCUCCUGCGGGAUGGGCAUGCGGUCGCGGGAGCGCUACGUCCAGCAGUACCCGGAGGACGGCGCCCUCUGCCAGCUGCACACCGAGGAGACGGAGAAGUGCCAGGUCAACGCCGAGUGCUCUCCCAGCAGCUGCAUUGUGACCGAGUGGGGCGAGUGGGACCCCUGCAGCGCCACCUGUGGGCUGGGAAUGAGAAGGCGCGAGCGCAUGGUGAAGAUGCCGCCUCUGGACGGAUCCAUGUGCAAAGUGGAGGUGCUCGAGGUGGACAAGUGCAUGAUGCCAGACUGCGACGCGGCGCCCUGCAUGCUGUCCCCGUGGUCGGACUGGGGGGUCUGCAGCGUGUCGUGCGGCGUGGGGAUGCGGACGCGCCAGCGGAUGCUGAAGUCGGAGCCGGCGUCCUGCUCAGAGGAGCUGGAGCAGAUCGACAAGUGCAUGCUGCCCGAGUGCCCUGUGGACUGCAUGGUGUCUGAGUGGUCCGAGUGGUCCGAGUGCAACAAGUCGUGCGGUAAGGGCCACACCCUCCGCAGCCGCAUGGUGAAGCUGGAGCCGGGCCCCGGCGGCAGCGCCUGCCCCGAGACCGUGCAGAGGAAGAAGUGCAAGGUCCGCAAGUGCCGAGCGAGGACGAAAGAGGAGAGAGGUGGAGGAGGAGGAGGAGGGGGGAAGAGGAGGCGAAGGGGCAAGCAGGGGAGAGACGCAGCAGUGGAGGAACAACCAGGGUGCCGGAUGCAGCCGUGGACCGGCUGGACGGGCUGUACCAAGCCCUGCAGCGGGGGUAUCCAGGAGCGCUUCAUGCUGGUGAAGAAGAAAGCCAAGGUUGCCAGCUGUAAGGAUCGGAAGGAGAUCCGCGGCUGUAACGUGCAUCCCUGCUAACAAGCCCCUCCUGAGCUCAAGGCUUGAAGGGAGGUGAGGGAGGGUAUACACACGCAGUAGACAUGUGAGUUUUCGAAAUGUGUUGCUUAAAAGAUUGCCGACCAGACAAUACACAUCCGUUAAAGUUGACUCGAUGCCAAGGCUGAGCUGCCGAAACACGCAUUUUAGAUUCACUUUUACAAGUUUUUACAGACGUUUUCAGGUCAAAGAGACAUUCACAAAGUAUUUUAGUAUUAUAACCACGUGCUGAGUCUGCAGAUGGUUUUAAGGGGUUAUGGAGAAGUGUUAGGCUAGCUAGUUGGCACACAGGUUAGUCCAACCCUUUUGCAGUCCCUCCCAUAAGGUCCUCGAUGAUUCCCGACAGACGUGGGAGGAAUCUCUAUGCAAAUCAGGAUGUUGCAAUGCCAUAAGGGGGUAAAAUACUUUGUGAAUACGGCCCUUGGAGAUAAAUAAACACAACGUACAAAGAUAGAUUCAGCUGACCAAACGACACGCAUGAGUGAUUGCUCACAUAUUUUAUAACUGUAAUGAAUUAGCCUUUAUAAACUGUGCUGUUGUCCUUGACGGUCGUGUAAGAAGAUGUAGCACUAACCCGCGGUAGCUCUAUGUCAGAGUAGCUCGUUACAGCUCGUGUACAGCUGAUUCUUUUCUGUUCUUUAACAAACAACGCGUUGACACACGCUUAUAUCAAGCAUUCUCUUUCACAAAUGUCGCUGUGUACAAAGAAAACAUGUUAGUUUAGUUGUAUUGGUGUCAAUGAAAUGAUCUUUCAAAUGUUACAAGAAUUUGGGGACGGAUUGCUGCAGGCGUUUGUUGAACGUCAUCAUGUACCGACCAUUGUUGCUUCAUUCAGUAUACAGUGUUUUGUAGCAAGCACAUUGAUUGUGAUGAAAUGAAAGCUGUGAGAUUUGUUUUAGGUAUGAAUGAACGUACUUAAUUUGGAUAUACUGCAGAAGCCCAUUAAGAGGGGGUGCCAUCAUUUCAAUGAAAAAAAAUAUAUAUAUCCAGAAGGAUAGAUUUUUUCCCAACAUUACAGCCCAUUAGUUUAAUUCACUUGGUAAAUCUCACUUUGUUGAUUGUUAUGCUUUCUCCCAGGUAGGUUUCUUUGCAAUUUGAUCAUGUGACUAUUUUGUAAUAAAGCAUAUUUACAAUUAAAAUAUAAAUGAGAAAAUAAAAAGAUUAAAAACCCUAAAUGGA